CGGCUCCGGCCGUGGCCAUGCGGCGGGGCUAGGGGCGAGCGCGCUUCCCGGGGUUUAGUAAUGUUAGCAGAGUUCUAGGGAUGUCUGUGUGAAGGCUCUGGAGCAUUUACAAGGAGGUGAUGACAAGAGGCCCAAGGAGACGUCGGGCCAAAUGCAGCAGGCCAGCCUUUCCAUAUGGGGAUGGGGAAGCCUUGGCGUUGUGCUUUUCCUUGUAACGUUUGGACCCUUUGCUAUCUUUUACUUCGCAUUUUACGUCCUCUGCUUUGUGGGCGGGGGUUUUGUGGUCACUCUCUUAUUUGGAAAAACCAAUUCCGAGAAAUACCUGGAGCAGUGUGAGCACUCCUUCCUUCCUCCAACCUCCACAGGGAUUCCUAAGUGCUUAGAAGAAAUGAGACGGGAAGGUCGAAUGAUUAAGAUUGAUCGAAGAUUGACGGGUGCCAAUAUCAUUGAUGAGCCUCUACAGCAAGUGAUCCAGUUUUCUUUGAGGGAUUAUGUCCAGUAUUGGUAUUAUACAUUAAGCGAUGAUGAAUCUUUUCUCCUUGAAAUCAGGCAGACGCUCCAGAAUGCGCUCAUUCAGUUUUCUACCAGGUCGAAAGAGAUAGACUGGCAGCCUUAUUUCACUACACGCAUCGUGGAUGAUUUUGGCACCCAUUUGCGAGUGUUCAGGAAAGCCCAGCAGAAGAUCACAGAAAAGGAUGAGCAGGCGAAAGGUUCGGCCGAAGACCUCGUAGAGACCUUCUUUGAAGUUGAAGUCGAGAUGGAGAAGGAGACUUGUCGCGAUCUAGUCUGCACCUCUCCCAGAGAAGAAGAAGGAUUCCUUAGGGAUCUGUGUGAGGUUUUACUGUAUUUGUUGCUACCUCCUGGAGACUUCCAGAACAAGAUCAUGCGAUACUUUGUCAGGGAAAUCCUUGCACGUGGAGUUCUUCUUCCAUUAAUAAACCAACUCAGUGAUCCUGAUUAUAUUAAUCAGUAUGUCAUAUGGAUGAUUCGUGAUUCCAAUUGCAACUAUGAGGCCUUUAUGAACAUUAUUAAAUUAAGCGACAACGUGGGUGAACUCGAAGCAGUCAGGGAUAAGGCUGUUGAAGAGUUGCAGUAUCUUCGAUCCCUGGAUACUGCGGGUGAUGAUAUCAACACUAUCAAAAAUCAAAUUAAUAGUUUAUUAUUUGUAAAGAAAGUAUGUGACUCCAGAAUACAGAGGUUGCAGUCAGGCAAAGAAAUAGAUACUGUGAAACUGGCCGCGCACUUUGGGAAACUUUGCACAGUCCCCUUGGACAGCAUUCUUGUAGACAAUGUUGCACUACAAUUUUUCAUGGAUUACAUGCAGCAGACCGGAGGUCAGGCUCAUCUCUUCUUCUGGAUGACGGUGGAAGGGUACCGGGUCACAGCCCAGCAGCAGUUGGAGGUGCUUCUGAGCCGCCAGAGAGAUGGGAGACAGCAGACCAGCCAGACGAAAGGCCUCCUUAGAGCCGCUGCCGUCGGCAUUUAUGAGCAGUACCUGUCAGAAAAGGCAUCGCCAAGAGUCCACAUUGAUGACUACUUGGUAGCCAAGCUAGCGGACACGCUGAACCAUGAGGAUCCAACGCCUGAGAUUUUUGAUGACAUCCAGAGGAAGGUGUAUGACCUGAUGCUGAGAGAUGAGAGAUUUUACCCAUCCUUUAAGCAGAACGUUCUCUAUGUGCGCAUGCUGGCCGAGCUGGACAUGUUAAAGGACCCCAGCUUCAGAGGCUCUGAUGAUGGGGAUGGAGAAUCUUUUAAUAGGUCCCCUACAGGGAGCAUAAAUUUGUCUUUAGAUGACCUUUCAAGUGUAUCUUCUGAUGACUCGGUGCAACUCCAUGCUUAUAUUUCUGAUACCGUCUGUGCUGACUGUGACCCCUAUGCUGUGGCAGGCGUGUGUAAUGACCAUGGCAAGACGUACGCAUUGUACGCCAUCACUGUGCACCGGCGUGGCCCCAACAGUGACGAGAUCUGGAAGACCUAUCGCCGUUACAGCGACUUCCAUGACUUCCACAUGCGGAUCACGGAGCAGUUUGAGAAUCUGUCAAGCAUUUUGAAACUCCCUGGUAAAAAAACAUUUAACAACAUGGACCGCGAUUUUUUAGAAAAGCGAAAAAAGGACCUAAAUGCAUAUUUACAGUUAUUAUUGACACCUGAAAUGAUGAAAGCUUCUCCUGCCCUGGCUCCCUACGUGUGUGACUUUCUGGAGAACAAAGCCUACAGCAAAGGGAAAGGGGAUUUUGCUCGCAAGAUGGACACUUUUGUAAAUCCGCUACGCAAUUCUAUGAGGAACGUUUCAAACGCGGUUAAAUCUCUUCCUGAUAGCUUGGCGGAGGGCAUGACCAAAAUGUCAGACAACAUGGGCAAAAUGUCCGAGAGGCUGGGACAAGACAUAAAACAAUCAUUUUUCAAGGUGCCUCCUUUAAUUCAGAAGACAGAUUCUGAUCCUGAACAUUGCCGUGUCUCCGCCCAGCUUGAUGACAAUGUGGAUGAUAACAUCCCUCUCCGGGUCAUGCUGCUCCUCAUGGAUGAAGUCUUUGACCUAAAGGAGAGAAAUCAGUGGCUGCGAAGAAACAUCAAAAACCUGCUGCAGCAGCUCAUCAGAGCCGCCUACGGGGACACCAUCAAUAGAAAAAUAGUUGACCAUGUGGAUUGGAUGACUUCACCUGAGCAAGUUGCUGAUUCAGUCAAACGUUUCAGGGAUGCCUUUUGGCCGAACGGCAUUUUAGCGGAGACUGUGCCGUGUAGAGACAAGGCUAUCAGGAUGCGAACCCGGGUUGCGGGUAAAACAAAGCUUCUCGAGAUAAUGCCUGAUGAGCUGAAGCACAUCAUAGGCGCUGAGACCACGCGGAAGGGCAUUCUCCGUGUUUUUGAGAUGUUUCAACACAACCAGCUGAAUAAAAGGAUGGUCUACGUCUUCUUGGAGGGCUUCCUAGAAACCUUAUUUCCCCAGUAUAAAUUCCGCGAUCUCUUCAACAAACUGCAUUCGCGGUCCAAGCAGAUGAGAAAGUACAAGCAGAGACUACAGACGGGCCAGCCGCCCUCUCUGCAGAAGAGGUGACCCUGCAGGGGACAGCCGGGGUUUGCUUGUCUGGGAUGGACGCCGGGAAGGGCCUCGGGGCGCCCCUGCUGGCCGCGGGAUCUGCUGCAGUCUUGUAGUGUCACACGUUAGCCCAUUAGUGCAUCCAUGAGACCUGGGGUUCUGCUCAUCUUCACCCAUUGUCCCGCCGGGACUGCUGCAGACAGACGGGCGUCAGCACGUCUGAGCGCCCCUUUCUGACUGAGGAAGGCUCGUCCAGCCGUGUGCACCAGAGAGUAGGUAGGGGAGGGGCUCGCCACGAGCAGCGGGCUCUCGUCUGGGCACUGAGAGAUUGUGCAAUGGGGGCGCUCUGUUCUGCAUUAGGACUGUGGAGGUCUAGGCCAGCAUUUCUGCGAGGGAGGCAUCGCCCCGUGAAAGUAGUGCUACGGAACACAGUGCUCCCCACAGCAUGGACUGACGGUUAAGAAAUCUGAUUCUUUCACCCUAAUUAACUAUACUCUUGUGAUAUGAAGAAAUAAAACUGGGUAACAUUAGAA